CAGGCAGUGCAGGAGAAGAUGCUGCCGCGGCUGACGGGUCGGCACUGGAUUAGUUCGAUCGAUCGGGCAUCUCGGUGAUGGUGCUUUGCGAAUGGCCCCGCAACUAACUGCCUCGCAACUCCUGUGUGCCUACGCCAUCGUAUGUCGCGGCGCAAUCGGCUGCCGCCUAUUCCGGUGGGCAGUUUCCUGACGGGCGGACAGUUUGGAUCGUCCGACGCCAUCCAGCCCACAGGAUCAAGCACGGCAGGGGAGAGCCUAGGUUCAGACUUCCUGAACGACUCGGCACUCUUUGGAUAUAUCGAUGAAUCGGCCGGUGACUCAAUCCCUCCCGAUCGUACCGAUAUCCCCGGCGAUCCAGCAGCCUCCACCCUCCAGUCCAACCAUUCCUCGCUCGCCGGCUCGUCAGCCUCGGAGCCAGCCUCGGAGAUGGGCUGGUUCACCGGGGGCCAUGGUGCCAAUCUCGAUCCAGCGUCGGCAACACAUCUGCACAAGUCGGCGGCAAACCCAUCAGCUCCCCUGUCAUCGCAGGGUGACGUGCCUGUCUCCUCGAAACAGGACCUGUCUGGGCCAUCCAUGGCGAUGCAUUCCGUUGCCCAGUCGCAUGUGUCAAGAUCGGCGUCGCCGUAUCCCUAUUCAUCACCGCAGCCUCAGCCAGCGGCGUUGGGCCAUUCGCUGCACCGAGAUGGACAGCGGCCGCUCGGCUCGCAGUCGUCCACCCAGCUUUCUGACUCGACAGGCCCAGCAAUGACAGUCCACCCUGCUAGCAUGUCCCUGCCCAACGCAUCCCACCUUCCCCAGACCCUUCCUGCGUUGUCGACCUCGAUUUUCUCGAGUCCCAGCCCAACGCCAUCACAGCUCAUUGCCGGAUCCCCGAUAUCUGCCCCCGACCCGGCAGGCAUAGCCUUGAUGCAGAGGUCGUCACAAACAGGACAGCUCCAGCAGGUUCCUGGCCCAAAGACGCCCAAACCGGCUUCAGCAUCGAGAACCCCAUCGAAUCCGCCAACGCCUGGACAGGGCGAGUUUCUGGACCCCAUCGCGACGAUGCAAACCUCGAAUGCAGCUCAGAGUCAGGCUCCACACAGCAACCAGAGCCUGUCACUUGCCCAAAGCCAGCUCCUCGCCCAAAAUCAAGCGCUUCCCCAGAGUCCUGGUCUCCCCUUCCGACCAUCGAUCGGCAGUGCCGCGUCUGCCACGCACGGCACCCCUCAAAAAUUCCCCCAGCUCAGCCUGCAGCAGUUCCAGCAAUCCCAGCAACUCCAGCUUCAGCAGUCCCAACAACUCCAGCUCCAGCAGAUGCAGUACAAGAAUGCCCUCUCUCGGAUGCAGUCUCAGGCCUACGACCAGCUCCAGCUUCAACAGAUGCAGCAGAUACAGCAAAUGCAGCAGCUCCAGCAGAUGCAACAACUGCAGCAGAUGCAGCUCCAGAACCCGCUCAUGUCUAUGCCUGCAGGUGUACGACCCGGGGGCGCCCCGUACAUGGGUGCCUUUGGCCAGAUCCAAGGUGCCAAGCCCUAUGCCGGCGCUGUCCCUGCAGGACUCAACGCUGCCAUCGUAAGCCAAGCCGGGAUUUCGAUUGCACAGCAGCAGCCACAGUAUUCGCAAUUCUCGGGCUCUCUUGUGGCAAAUCCCCAGCAGCGCAUGGACUCGGCGUGGAUGCUGCAGCAGAUGCAGCAAAUGCAGCAAAUGCAACAAAUGCAACAGAUGCAGCAGAUGCAGCAGAUGUCGGGCCAGGCCUAUCAGCAGCAACAGCAGCAGCAACAACAGCAGCAGCAACAACAGCAACAACAACAACAGCAGCAGCAACAACAACAACAGGCGCUGCUGCAGCAAUCGUUUCUGCAACAGAAUCCUCAAGCUGCUCUGCAGCACACUGCCACGCAGCCUGGGCAGUUAUCUGCCCACCAAGGUGGCCAGCCUCCAUCUCACAUCGCUGCCUUGGCUGCUCAAUCGGGAGUCCAAUCCGUGCUCAUGGGCUCACAGCAGCUCCAAACUCCUUCGACGCCCCAGCAAUCGGCAGGUCAGCUUCCUGCGCAGAUUGCAGGUCACCCUGCAUCGCAAAUGCCGUCGCGCCCCUCGCCGUCCCCGCAAAAUACCCCUCCACAGCCUCAGACGUCGCAGCCCGGAGCAACCUCGGCCGGUUCGAGCUCGCUUAGCAGUCAAAUCCGUCAUGGGAUCCAGCAAGCGCUGCAGUCGACCCAGCAAAAGCUCUCCCCACAUGACCAACGGCCGUCGCCAGGCCAAGCUCAGGCACAAAAGACGUCACUCGCCCAAAUGAUCACGAGUGUGCCCCCAAACGCUGCCCAACCUGCCUUUGCCACUGAUCCUCUAGCAGGCUCAGGUAUUCCUCCUGCAGCAGUCGCUUCCUCCGAGGCGAACGGCGUAGUUCUGGAGCAAGCAAACGACCAAGCUGUGGUCGGCAGCAGAUCAAUGCAAAGCCCCGACGCUCUGGAUGGAUCAAAAACGGCGGAGCCCUCCCAACUUGCGAUGCCCUCGAGCCAGCCCGGCCAUUCUGCGGCUGCCGCUCAUCUGCAUGGGGAUGUGGACCCGUCUCGUUCGCACGAACACUACGGUCGUAGCUUUUCGAUUUCCUCGAUCAAUGCACGUCCCGACUUUGACCGGAUCUUUUCCGUGUUCUGGAAGCGGAUGCAAAAGGCCAUCAGCGAGACCGUCAUGCCACCAUCAACCGAUCCGGCGCUGCGGCAGAGAUACGCCAUCCUCGAGAAGCGCAAGUCGACGCCAUUCACCUCGUUUGUCAGCUUUGAAGGAUGCACCGUCGAUCUGCACCUGCUGUGCAGGCUCGUGAUUGGUCAUGGAGGCUGCGAGCAUAUACCCGAUUGGUCGCUGAUCACGUCCAAACUCGGGCUUCGUGCCAUUCAGCCGAUCCAGAUCCGGGAUCUGUAUAUUUUUUGGUUCCGAGAGUUUGAGCAGUUCAUCCUCGGCAACAAGAAGCUAAUGGCAGCUCACGAACGGAGUGCAUCUGUUCAGGCGAUGGCAAACGUAUUGGUGGACAGGACCCAGCCGGCAUCGGGCUCUGCUGCUGGUCAUGGUCGACCUUCGGCAGCAGGCACCAAUGUCACAAGCGCUGGAGCAGCUUCUGGUGGCCCCUAUCCUCACGGCGCCGGUAGUCAUGCAGAUGGACUGCCGCUGGAUCACUCCAAGAUUGCAAGUCCCGCACUCUCCCACGCAAGUGCGGAGGUGCUUGGUCGAUCCCCUGUCAUAACGAGCACUGCCGCCACUGCCACCGUCCCUCAAACAAUGGAUCCAUCGGCUUUGCACGGUCCAGCUUCCAUCCAGCAUCGCGCCGAGCACGCAGCUCCCGGGACGGACACACCAUCAGCAAAUGCAGCUGGAAUCAAGAUGCCUCCGGCCGUCGCUGGACUUGGCGAGCCAGGCCGUUCCGAUGUAAAAACGCAACCUGGUGCAGCCCCUGAGUUUGCACAACAAAGUCCAGGUACACCGCCUGUAUUUUCAACUCCUGUUCGCCUGGUGCAGCAACAGCAGCUACCAUCAACACCGCAGCAGCAGCAGCACCAGCAGCAGCAACAACAGGUGCCAUCACCGUUGGUCCACACUUCUAUGGUCGGUCAGCAUCCACCGCUUCCGUUGAUGACGCCCCAGCCGCACGCCUUCCCCCUUCAACAGCAGCUUUUCCAGUCGCAGCUCCCAUAUUCUCCAGCGGCCGGGCAUUUGGUCGGCUCGAUGCAAAAGGGCCCUGGCGAAAUGGUCUAUGGCGUUCAGCCGGGUGCGGUUGGCGCUGCGCAGACUGCUCCUUCGGCUGGUCCGGCUUUGUACCCUGUGGCCCCUCCCAAGGGCAUGCCGCACAUGAUGAAGCCCGGCUUGAAGCAGGGGCAUCCGGCUCAUGCCUCGUUCCCUUCCGAAGGCGAGGGGGGCAUGAUGGCCCAUGGAUCUCGACACCUGCAAACACCGGCGAGCGGUCGUAUCGACAGCGCAUACGCUGGCAUCAACGUCGAUCUCUUUGCGAACUUCAAGCAUCACUAUCCAAUGUCGAAAGAGCAGCUUGGCUCAGUAGAGAUAUACACACUGACGAUGCAACUCAAGUGUGGCAUGGACAUUGCCGUCGCGUACGCUCUCAAUGUCCUUUCGGUCAUCAGUUCGACGGAUGGAAGUCAGAACGAUUACCCGAUUCUCUACCUCGAGCGAUGCCCACUCCUUGCGGACGAGCUGCUCAAGCUGUGGAUCCGAUGCUUUGAAACAGAGUGCAAUGGCGUCGCACGGGACUCAUCAUUGCGGCCUCCAGGCCGCAAGCGGAAACGCGGCGACGUGGUUGUCAAAGUGGAGAAUGGGAUUGAUGAAGGUGUCCAGAUCGAUCGGAAGCGCACGAUCGAUUCCGGCUCAAGGAAUGGGGCUGAGACCAAGCUUGCAGCUGAAUCCUUGGCGUUAUCGACGGCGCUUCAUCGGCCGCGGACCAAGGAGCACCGUGACACCCCCGAGCGCCUUCUGGGCGUCGAUCUGUCGAACGGCUUCAUCAUGCGGCGCGGCGACUGGAACGACAACGCCUGCGGACAUGAGCAUCGCCAAAAAAUGGAGAUUGCCUACGCCAUCAGCAACAUUGUCCGUAACCUGUCAUUCGUUCCCGAGAACCAACGGUACCUUGCCCGGCACCCUCGGUUCAUCGAGGCGCUGGUCACCAGCGUGCGCGGCAGGUGCCUCGAUAACGACAAUGGCUCACGCUUGGCAAGAAAAUACAAGAAGCGGACGCGCGCAAAAAUCGAUGGGGAUGAUGCGAAUCUCGGUCUUGACGAGGACGAAGACGAGGACGAGGACGAGGACGAAGAUGAAGACGAGGACGACAACGAUGAGCUUCCAGUGUUUAGUUUUCUUCGAUAUGGCGGAGAAUCUGAAGGCGAUAGCGACGACAACGACGACGACGACCGCAGCGUCGAUCAACGCAUUGCCGUUUUGCGCACCAACUGCAUCACCGCUGCCCGACUGGUCGAGCAUCGGCAGAAUGCGGUCGUUGUCCUGUCCAACUUGGGCACCCAGCUCCGUUUGAAUCCAAGUCUGCAGCACAUCCCUGGGCCAGGCAGUCAUCACAAAUCCACUCCGAGCGACCCCUUUCCUGUUGCAGUCAAUGGUGCGAUCACCGGCGGCGCCCAUUCGGCCACAUCAAUCCAUGCCCCUGGUUCGACGAAUGCACCGCCGGGCCGCGAAGCCAAGGUAGUGAAGGCAAUUUUGGAGCUGAUCGCAGACUAUUGCGAGGCUGAUAUUGGAGACGACGACGACUUUUACGCCGGCGUUGCCCUGGAUGCCCUUGCCAAGACUCUCGUGGUGUCAAGCAACCAAGAAUCUGUUCAGCGAUGUGCAGACACCAGCCUGCUCUGUCGACUUUUGGAUCGGGUUGUGGAGCUCCUUCCUGGCCCGGGGGAAAUCGGGCGCGGCCGGACCGAGGUUGGGACCACUACCCAGCAAAGCGAACAGCAGCAGGCGCGGCUUGAAUGUGCUCUGAUGGUGAUCCAUAGCCUGCUACUGAUCGGCCAUGGCCACGAGGGCCGCGCAAUGUCGCCGACCGAAACCCCAGGCCACGACGACACAGCAGCGAGGAGCCAAAGCCGCAGCCCAGCGCAAGGCUUGCUCGAGCGCCUUGGAAGUCAGACACAUGUCCUUCGGUACCUCGUUUCGCUGAUUCCGACGCCAGACGGCCUCGCUCCAGGGCGGUCGCGGAUGGAUGCGGGCGGAAUCGGCGUGACGAGUUCGAUCCGGCUGCGGAUCAUCCAGAUCAUGAUGGAGCUGGCGCGCAGCAGACCGAACCGCAAGUCCAUGAAGCUGAACGGCGUUGAGGACGACAUCUUGGCGAUCAUGGUGCACGAAGAAGGUCGCCGGACGGCAGCAGCCCGAAGCAGCGAAUUGGUCCUGUCGGGCCAAGGCGGAGGCGGUAGCGGAGGCGGACGUGGCCCUCUGGCGACUCCAAGCAAACUGCAGCCUGGCGCAAGUCGGCGACCAGGCCCGACGGGAGGAGCAACCGGGAUCGACACCGACGCGAUCGAGAGCGAGGAGAUUGCCAAGCAGCUGGCCGAACUCCUGUUUCUGAUCAACUCGUGAGCGCCGCGGCCGCCCCGACCCACAAGCGAUCCGAGCCGCCGCACACUAGAUGCACAAUACAAAAAAAGCAACAACAAUAUCAGCCGGAACCCCAAGGAAGUGGGCCACGAUUCGGCGGCAUUGUAUGGAGAGCGACUGGAGUGUGGCUGGAGAGUGGUCGGAUGGCGG